CGAAUUGAGACGUUCUACGGAUUCGAGUUUACCCGGUACGUCGUCGAAGUGGAUACACACCAAGCAUUUAUGCAUCUCUAUGCAAAGUGUUUUGUGUAUAGUUCGGAGCAGUGUAAUUUUGCCGUUUCAAAAGUGUGUCGUGAGCUGCAGUAAAAGUGGAAAAUACUCAAAACGGGAAAAAUAUAAAUACAAAGUGACAUAAUAAUUAUCAUCAUCGCCAUCAUCAACCACAGCAGCAACAGCAGGUCGUCACAGCAUCAUCUUCUCGACUAUCUCAGCAGGUCUUCACGGGUUUUCAGCGCAUCUUUCCUGCACGCGGCUGCCCAAGUCUGCUCAAUCGUUUGCCCAGUGAAGCUUCAUUGAAAGUGAGAGUUCAUCGCGCGUGUCGCUUUUGGGUGAUUGUUGUUCAGGAAGAUUCGGACAUCGCAGCUGGAGCCAAGAAGAUGUUUCUACGACGGUCGUCACUCGCAGUGCUGAUCAUAUUUGGAUACCUGCUAAUUAUAGAUGGUCGCGAAGAGAACGUUGUACGGACGAAACGUGGUCGGAAACCGCGCGUUUCUGUCGUGUCGCAAAGGGUCGACGAGGAACCGAGUCAAAACCUGGACAGCAGUGACAGCCAAGGAGACGUUACACCGGUGGUACCUCCAGGGUUUCUAAGCCCCUCGGUGCAGGAGUACUUGGAGCUGGGCAAAUCUAUUCCAGGUCGUCCCGGAACGGACUACCCCAUCCUGGCCGCCGUACCGUACACCAAUUUCUACUGCGACGAGCAACAAUAUCCGGGCUUUUUCGCUGACAUGGAAACCAGAUGUCAAGGUUGGCACUACUGCGACAUCGAUGGCCGGCAAGCCACAUUCCUCUGCCCAAAUGGAACCCAGUUUUCCCAGGCCGUGUUCGUGUGCGAUUGGUGGUUCAACGUCCGCUGUGACCUGUCGCCACGGUUAUAUGCCAUCAACGCUCGGCUGUACCAGCGCCCGAAGGUGAACCCAACGCGGAAACAUCGAGUCAUAACGAAGCAGCUGGUUGAGGAUAUCUUCAACAAAUAAAGGCGACACAUUUCCAGGAUCCAGAUCCCAGAUCAGUUCCUCUUGGUGGAGAAGAGCGAAAACGGGAAGAAUGAGUUUCUUUUUUUUUUCUUUGGGGAUGAAUGCGAUGCGAGAUGCGAGUGAAUGAGCGUUUGUCAAGGGAAGAUUCUAACUUUUGUACUCGUGUUCAGCGCUCAACCUGAGCCGCCCAACGUGUACCGGGGAUCAGUAUGGGAAGGGAGGAACCAUUUCAUGAAAAACUGUUUUUAAAUUAAAUAUUUUAAAUCCCCGUCCAACCGAGCAAGCCUCGAUGUGUAGCAAUCCAAGUUUUAAGUUGGAAUCACUUUCUCGUAGAAUGCAAAGUUUGUCUUUUUCCCUUCUCAUCUCCUGUGCUUCCUUUGAUUGGCCUGGAAUUUCACGUGCAACAGAAGGGACCAGGGAGCGAGAAUUGAAAUUUAAAUUAAAUCAAAGCAAACAGAAAUAUUUCACCAUACACGAUGAUACAGUUGCCUCAACCACUUGCUCUCGAUAGGAAACUGUAAAUGAAACUAAUUUUCCUCGCAACUGAGCCACCGGUAAGUACGUUAGAUUUGAAACUUGGGGAAUGUUAAAGGAGAAACCUGCUCGCUUGGCUUGCUGGGCGUAGGAUAUGAAACUUUUUCGCCCGGGAAAGGGAGGAAUAGUUUUUAAAUUUUAAUUCUCGUUUUCUCGGAAUGUAAAUAGCGAAUGUUUGCAGCCUCUCAUCGUAACUUCUUCAGAAUAAAAAUUGUGAAUAAGCAAAUGUGUAAUUUAAGUUUGUAUGUUUUUUUUGUUUGUGUUUGUUCACCUUUUAUCUUGCAAUGUUAACAAAAUACUCAACAAAAGUAGAGAAACUAUAGAACUUUGAACUGUAAAACUGUACAAAAAAUAAAUAACGAAGCCGAGAGUGGCAGACACAGGUUUAAAAACUACGUAGUGAGAACAAUAAUCAAUAGUCCCAGAAAGACCGAAUACUUGUGAGAGUGAGAUUCUUGCUUCGUAAUAAUAGUUAGGUGUGUAAAUCUAAUGUAAACAGUUGUACUAUAAACCAUCUAAUAAAUUU